AUGCGGGGCGUCCACAAUCGACUCUUAUUGAUUUUAUUGAUCUAUGUACUGAUUUCGGAAGGUGGGACCCAAGUACGGUUUGAGGACUAUCAAUGCGGUACAGAUGCGCCGUCCAGAUUCUUGUCCUAUCUGAUGACGUCACAGUGUGAUCAAGUGGGCAUUAAUAUAUGCUGUAUUCGUCACGAUAGUUGCUAUUCGGGCUGUAUCGUCCCUCAAUUGAGUUGUGAUAUGGAAUUUUGUCGAUGCCUCUUUGCACUUAACGCUAAUCUCUAUUGUCGUAAUAUUAUCCAUGCAUCACAUUGUAACAUGGUUCAAUGGUUAGGAAGUAACUAUAUAUGUCCACGUAUGGCUCAACCAUUUAAUAUUGGUUAA